AUGAUGGAGAAACUGUUAACGGUGACCGUGCUGACGGCUGUGGCUUUAAGUCAGGUCACCUGCAGCCCCGCCACACUGAAGAGGGUCACCAAGGCUCAGAUUCUGGGUUUUGACUGGAAGAACUGUGGGAAGCCAGAUGCUCCGGCGGUCCUGAAGACUCUGAGCGUGUCUCCAGAUCCCAUCUCCAUCCCAGGAGACCUGACCGCCUCCGCCUCUGGAUCCACAUCUGUAGAGCUCAAUGCUCCGCUGGCUGUGAAUGUGACCCUGGAGAAGGAGGUGGCGGGUUUCUGGGUGACCGUCCCCUGCCUGGAGGAGCUGGGCAGUUGUCACUAUCCAGACGCUUGUGACAUCCUGAACCAGCUGAUCCCUCCUGGUCAGGACUGUCCUGAGCCGCUGCACACCUACGGCCUGCCCUGCCACUGCCCCUUCAAAGCUGGCUCGUACUCUCUGCCUCAGUCAGACUUCUACCUGCCCUACAUGGAUCUUCCCUCCUGGCUGACCAACGGGAACUACCGUGUGCAGGGCAUCCUGGGUAGCCAGGGCAAAGAGCUGGGCUGCCUCAAAGUGGCUCUGUCCCUUCACUCUGACUAA